UUUUUUUGUCCACACUCACGGUUCGUUUUAAAUGAGGCGCACCUGCUAUUUCGAUUUUAGCAACAACCGGAAAUAACGUGUCCUGCAGCAAUGGCGGACCUACUAGGUCUGCUGUCGCUGUUUCUCCUAUUAUUGGUCUAUUUAGGAGACUGCAAACUAACGGUGGAAGAGUGUAAAAAUUUGGGAUUUUCCACAAAUCUGCUGUGCAGUAAUUGUGACGAGCUUGACAAGUUCAGCCUCUCAUCUCUGAAAGAUGAUUGUCAAAAAUGUUGCCAAGAAGACAGAACUGAAGAGGAAAAUGGUGGUUUAUAUCCAUAUGCAGAGUUAGUUGUGUGUGGAUGAAAAUUGGGAAGGUAUCCACAGGUUCAGGCUUUUGUUAAGAGCGCCAAGCCUGAUCAGUUUCCUGGACUCGAAAUCAAAUACGCCCGAGGCGCAGACCCUAUCAUCAAGCUGCUUGAUGAGAACCGUUUAGUGCAAGAGGAACUGGGCAUCGAGAAAUGGAACACAGACUCUGUGGAGGCCUUCUUUCACGCAAAACUGAAGAAAUAAAUCCAUCACAAUAACUUUGAAAUGUCCCACUAUGGCACCAUUCUCUGGUUAUUUACUUAAGUUGAGAUUUCAGCGGAACCUGUUAGGCUGGACCCUGGUAUUCUAGAUAUCCGCUUUCAGGAAAGUUACUGUAAGGACUGUUUACAGUUAUACAGACGAUAUUGCUCUACCAAAAUGAUUGAUGAAUCUGGACAUUUGUUAAAAAGAACUUUUUCACCAUAUUCACUGGAGAAUUACCACCCAGGCCGACAGAUCACCCAGGUCACUGUAUCAGUACCAUCACCAACUGAUUUGUAAUUUAAACCCAAGUAUGUACUGAUGGAAGUAAGCAUUGGAACAGACAGAUGUCAAACUGAUGCUUGUCUCCUGUUACUUUAUUUGUGUACAUCAGUAUAUGUGUUUUGAUGCAUUGUAACCUUAUGCAGUUGAAGUCAUUUUCUGAUGGCCUAAUACUGUCAGUGUUUAUCUUGGCUUCAUCUUUGGUCAUAACUAUUUCAGUUAUUAUAGCCAGUAUGUCGUCUUCCAUAAUCUUGAAUCUGCCGAGGCAGAGAGAUGAAGCUUAGUCUCUACUAACUGACAUCACAAAGAUGAUUGCAAAGUGCUCUUUUCAUUUAAUUGUCUAUGCAAAUGAUUUCUAACAACUGAAAAAAUAUGUUUACAAGUAGUUGAUAUAAAAAAUAAUUCCAGAAUAUUAAUUAACAUUUUACCUGAAUAUGGUUGAAGUGAGCACGGGAUUAACCAGAGAAUGGUAGCUCCACAGCGAGAUGUCCGGCAUGCCUAUCUAUGAAGUCCCUGCAUGAAACCGGAUGGUUUGUAGGGAUGGAUGACAGAGGUUUUGUUGGAAGACAUUUCUGAGUUGUUUCAUCAUUGUCCAUCUCAUUUUGUUACAAGACCUUGUUUACAUUACAAGAAAGUGUAUUUAUCAUGUGGUUUUAUCACAUUGUUUACAAGUAAAAGGAAAAUGGACAUGA